AUGACUCUUUCUCUAGCCUCCAAGAAGGACAGAAAACAUGCUAGAGAAAGUGGCGGCAUUGCCGCGGCCGUGACAAAGCAAACAGCUGGAAAGUUCGCUCACAUUCAUAGCAGCGUUAACAAUGCCAACGCAAACCCAAACCCAAACGUAAACAAUAAAGACAACACCAACAUCAACAAUAAUAACGGUGGAGAAAGCAAGAGCUCGUCUACUUCGGUCGCUUCCACGCCCCCGGUCGAUACACCAGAGAUCAAGCCUGCUUCCAUUCCUGACAAUGUCAACCCUGCCGUCUCCCCCAUGCUUGCUGCAUUGUCCACAACUCCAGCUUCCGUGAGCACAGCGCCGAGUAUGAAUAACGACUGGAUGCGAAGCGGUAUUGCCGGCUCCCCGGGAAAUUUGAUCAGCAUCAUGGGUGACUCACCUCCUACUCAACCUUCUUCCUACGAGGACUCGGGUCGACUGCAUCAUGGAUGGGCUGUCCAACGCCCUUACAUGAGUCCGUCGCCCUCAUCUCUAUCCCCGCCAAACCACGGCCGUCGUCCCCUGAGUUUCCAAAUGGAUGCUCAGUAUCAAUCUCCAGAAACUCCACCUCUGGCUGCUCACUAUCGCCGCAGCUCAGUUGCAUCUCCCUUCGCUGGUUCAAGAAUUGGGAAUAACCCGCCACUCCCUCAUCAACCCCAAGCGCAUUUCUAUGGAACCCCGGAUAUUGACUUGAACUUGACAAAUGGCUCUGGCAUGAAAGCUGGAGAGCGUGGUUAUUUCUUUGGUUUCGACAAACUGCCCGAGUGCCCUGACUUCCCAAGUAGUCCAAGUAACGCCGUCAUAGCCGGUUACGAGGGUGGUUUGGACGUAUAUGCUGUUGGUAAGAGAGGUCUCGAACCCGUUGCAAGCUUGAAGGGACUACGCGGAGGUGUCUAUAACGCCAAGAUUCUUCCCUGGACACUUGACAAUAGCAACAAGUCACUCUUUCCUCUCGUGGCGGUAGUAUUGCAUGGACCCGUUUUGCCUACUGGCACACCUGGUUCUGCACAGGGUGAACAGAGUCCCAGACCUGAUAGAGCAGCAAGUCCUCGCUCAGUCUUUACCCACCCAGAAGGCUUCCAGGGGAGACACAGUAUCGAUGCCUACCAGACUUCUGUCGAGAUCUACUCGUUGAAGACGAACCAACUCAUCGACGUGUUACUUCAGGCACCAAAGAUACAAAUAAACCCUGAGAUCUCCGUCACAAACCCCAUUUUCCGACCACCUGCACCCAGCGGCUCCUUUACAAUUCGAGCAGAUUCUGGUACGCUUGCGGUAUGCUCAGGCGAAACGGGCGAAUGCUGGGUUUACUUGCAGCUGCUAGAAGAACAAAAUGGCCAUGUAUUUACAUGUGUCGGCAAAAUUUGGACCAGCCUUCAGCAAAGCACUCGAGGUGAGGUACAGGAAGAGACGGACAAGACACGAGUUUCGACUGCACCCCCACGCUCGAAUCCGCAAACACCUAUUCUAGCAAUCAGUGGACGAUGGAUAUCCUACUGCCCCGCGACUCCGUCAUCUCAGAUUUCUCUCAAAGCCCAUGUGCCACUCCCGAUUCUGGGCAAGGCACCUGGACUUGCCACUGUGACGCCACCACAGCUGCCAUCGUCUUCUGCCUCGGUAGAUCUCCCCAUUUCCGACAGUGUUGUGAAUAAGAUUAUGCGCGAAACGACCCAAGAGCUCAUUCAGGGUGCCAGAUGGGUCGGGCAACAAGGCUUGCAAGCCUGGAAUUCCUAUUGGAAUAAGUCUAGCCCACAGUCACAAACACAACAAGCACGUUCACCUCCCCAGGGUUGGGCGGGUACUCGAUCACCCCGCGGUGACUCGUCUCAAUUUCCUCCUACCCAUGGAACAAACGGCCAGACUGUGGCAAAGGAUCCAGGCCUUGUCUCUAUCAUUGACACGGAGUCGCUCCCAGCUUCGUCCUCGAUCCACCCGAUCACAACAUUCGCACCGCCUCUGGGCUGUAGCUUCCUCUCAUUCUCUCCAUCGUCCCUGGCUUUGUUUACAGCCAGCAGUAAGGGUGAUGUGCAGACAGUCUGGGACCUCUUCCGUAUUCAACAUACCAGGUCAUCCCCUCUUCAGGCUACACUUAGCCCCAACACGAGCACAGGUCCUCAAGUUAGACAAAUUGCACAGUUCUCACGGAUGACAGUUGCACGCAUUGUCGAUGUUGCUUGGACGCAGUCACAGGGUGAACGAUUGGCUAUGGUAACUGAGCGUGGCACCGUUCAUCUUCUCGACAUGCCUUCGAGUGCGUUCAUGUGGCCUGCACCCCGCCGUCGUCAAGCUGUCCAAGAGAGUGGCACCGCGACGCCAGAACAGCCAAACACUGCCGUCUCUUUCGCAACUGGCGCUUUUGGUGCUGCAUAUUCAGUUGCGAAACCAUUUGUAUCACGGCCCCGCCGCAGCAGCGGCAAUGUACCAAACAUGCCCGGCAACAGCUUGAAAGACUCGGCGGCCAUUGGAGGACGAGUGAUUGCUGCUAGUAUCAGUAGUUCGCUAGGCAAGACAGGGACCGCAAUUAACCAGCUUCGGCACACAGGCGAGAACCGUGUUUCCUUACCGCUCAGUUCAGGUCCUCCUUCAGCAUCGUGUGUCACUUGGGUUAGAAGCCGGAGACAUCAAGGGCUCUUUGUGGUUGGAAACGGCUUGGUACGGUCGUUCUCCUGCAGAACACGCCGAUCUAGCGUACAGGCUGGCAGGAAGGUGACACGAGCCAGCAGGUAUCAUGAUCAUAACGUGCCGAACCUACCCAGCGAUCUGGUUGCCCCAGCUGUACGACAGAUGGUGGACUUGGGUGCCCAGGAUGAGAUUCUGGACCUUUCAGACCGUGAGAUGGACGCAGGAAACACCUUGACACUCAAUGCACGACCUCGUGUGGCAUCGGCAGACCAUAAUAUGGAAUCGUCGAUCCCACAGGCCGAGAUAGAAUCCAGUGCACCCUACCAGCCCUUCCACACAGACAGGCGGGUGACUCUUUGUGAGUACCGAAGAGGCACGACCGAUCAGCUCGAAGUUGUCUCUGCUAUCCUGGCCGACACCAACUUAGAAGAAAACACAGCAUCGAAGAAAAAGAAAAAGAAGGGGCAACCCAUGGAAACAUACUCAUCUAGAGAAAUGUCGAGCACAACGGCUUGGGCGUUUGGCCAGGAUAUCCCAGUGGUUCGACUGGACUUGGGCCUGCCGACUGUCACCGAGGAGGAGUAUGAUGGGCCUGAGGACCAUAUUGCUUUGCCCCCCUCUGCCAUGGAGCGGGUGAUGCAAUACGGUGACGAGGCGCAGAUUGUGGUGACGACAAGAAGACGCCGUGGAGCCCAAGGAGGCAGUCAAGGUGAAGAUGGUUUCUUCGAGGAUGACUGUGAAGUUCUUGAUUUUGCAGAUCAGAGGGUGGAACAACAAUCCAUUGCUUAA